AUGGAAAGACAUCAGAAUUUGGAAAAUGUGUUGUUGGGGGAUUCUGGUUACCCGUGCCGACCAUUCCUCUUGACACCAUUUUUGAAUCCAAAUUGUCCUGCACAGAGAAAUUAUAAUAAUGCGCAUGGCAGGACCAGAAGUGUAAUUGAAAGGACAUUUGGGAGGUGGACGAGACGCUUCCACAUCCUUCACUCUGAGAUACGCAUGCAGCCAGAACGAGUUGUCACCCUUAUCAUUGCAUGUGCAGUGCUUCACAACAUUGCCAUUACCUUGGAGGAGCCAAUCGUUGAUGGGGAGGAAGACAAUGCUGUUGAUGAGGUAGAGGGUGAUGCUGCCUACAAUGGAGCGCAGGACGGACAAGCUGUGAGUGACCAUAUCACUCGUGCCUACUUCACCAGGUAG